GUCUGGCAGGAGGAAGUACCAGCAGCAACUGUUCAGCAGCCUUCUCUGGAAGAUGCAGCUCCUCCUUAUCCUGGUGGCCUUUCUCCUACCUCCUGGGGCUGGAGCAGAGGAGAUCAUUGGAGGCCAUGAAGCCAGUCCCCACUCCCUCCCCUACAUGGCAUACCUUCUGACCCAGACACCAGUGCGUGAGAGCUUUUGUGGGGGGUUCCUGGUGCGAGAAGACUUUGUGAUGACAUCAGCUCGCUGUUGGGGAAGCACUAUAAUGGUCAUCCUGGGGGCGCACAACAUCAGUAGGCAGGAAAGGACCCAGCAGCGCAUACAGGUGCUCACAGCCACCCGCCACCCUGGGUAUAAUGAGGACAACAACCUGAAUGACAUCAUGUUACUGCAGCUGGAAAAUAGAGCCAGGCGGAAUCAAUUCGUGAGGCCAGUGGCUCUGCCUCAAUUUCAGACCGAGCUCAGACCUGGGUCCCAGUGCACUGUGGCAGGCUGGGGCCUGGUGGGCCAGAACAGACGAACAGACACACUUCGGGAUGUGCAGCUGGAGGUACAGAGGGAUCAGGUGUGCAACAAUCUCUUUAAUACCUACAACAGCCGAAAGCAGAUUUGUGUGGGGAACCAGAAUGAUGAGUCGACCACAUUCCGGGGGGACACCGGAGGACCCCUGGUGUGUAACAAUGUGGCUCAGGGCAUUGUCUCCUAUGGAAGAAGCUUUGGGGCUCCUCCAACAGUCUUCACCAGGAUUGCUCGCUUCCUGCCCUGGAUAAAUAAAACAAUGAGACAAUCUGAACAUCAAGAGUCACACUGAAACCCCCUUACCCCCUGUUCUUUAGGAUGGAGCCAGCUCCAAUGGGGUUGCCAAAGCUUUAAUAAAUGUCCGUGUCUAG